GCAUCUGUGCAAGCGUCUGAGAUUCUUUUGUCGAGGAUUGAGGAGGGGCGAACGUGCUGGCUGCCAGGUUUGACCUCGGUCCUCGACGGACGGCCCGGUGCCGGCUCCCAUGCCCCAAGCGCAAGUGGAGGGGCUCACAGCUUACCAGUCACCACUCGGUAGUUCUUCCAGGUCGGUCGUGCUCUGAACGGCUUCAUCACCUCUCAUCCGUAUUUGACGUUUACCCAAGUUCGUGUUAUAUGUGAAAGUCAUGUAACCUUUCGUGGAAAAAGAUCAAAAUGCUAUUUGACUGUUCCACAAUUUGUGUCACAGCUCGUGUCCAUUGUUGACUCGUCAUUUUUAUCCGUUGAGUGAAGAAAGGUGAUUGUCGUCCGUGAUCGCCGUGCUCCGAGGGAGAGCCGUAAACCAUAAAAAUGGAUUACCUGUUUUUAUGUUUAUCCCUCAUCCCUCUGAUUAUGAUGCACACGACCGACUCGGCAGCCAACCCUGUCCAGGCAAAAUGCACCAAAAAAUUAACGAGGAGGAUGAAAAGCGCAGACUGCAGUGAUCUUAAAUUAGUCAGCAUACCUUACUUAACGAGUGACAUUGAAGUGCUCGAUGCUUCUACAAAUAGGAUAAGAAAAUUGAAAAAUGACAGCUUUGUGCAUUUGACAUCUCUUAAAUUCUUGUACUUAUCAGAUAACGCUAUUACUUCCAUCGAGGCAGGUGCAUUUUCCCCGCUGCAGGAUCUCGAGGCUCUAGAUCUCACAUUAAACGCUAUUCGGGAUUUACCACCAUUAUUGCCUACUUCUUUAAGAAGGUUGUAUCUGUCUGAAAACCCUUUACAGACAGUACCUCUUCAAAAUGCUGUGUCACUUGAGUAUGUUUCAUUGGCGAAUUGUGAACUGAAUUCCUUGCCUUACCUCGGGAUUCUGCCACAACUGCUGCAAAUCAAUCUUACUGGGAACGCAAUCGAAAGCCUUUUUGUGGAACAACUUGCAGCCUUCUGUCAUCUUGAAACUCUUGAGAUUCCGACCUCUCUUCUCAAUUCAAAAUACACUUCAUCAUGUGAAUGUGUUCGUGUACACUCUUGGGCUAUAAACAAUUCAAUUUAUAUGAUUCCCUUGCUGAAUUGUUCAGUAGCAAAUGAAACUGAGUGUUUCACAAAUACAAGUUCACUUGUAAAUGAAGCGUUCUCAUCGUGCCAACUUGCAUAUCAGCAAAUUGCAACCUCACGCUGGAUCAUCAGUAUAAUUGGAGCCGUUGUUGUGUUGUUGUUGGUUAUCGUACUUGUCUUAUUAUGGAGACGAAAGUUGAGUCGAUCACGGGCCCCUGUACCUCAACCGAGUCAGGAAGAAGUUCGAAAGCGACAACUUUUGAAAAAGUCGACGAGACUGAAAUUUUGACAAAAAGAGUCACUUGUAUAAAACCAAGUUUACAGACUGAAAACUUUAUCCACUGUUCUCUGUCAAUUUUGCACUUUAAACCUUACUUCUUUUACCAUUUAUAAUUUAUAAAUGUUCUUAUCUGUUUAGAAAAAAAUUCAAAUUGACUGUUUUUAAUUUUUUUAAAAGAUUUAUUUAUUAGAAUGAAAAUUUAAAUUAAAAAUGAAAGUUUGAGAAUUAUUUUAAACAAUUUUGUUUAAAUUAUUAUACUCGCCUUGUUAAAUUUGGUUACGGUUAGGAAAAACCUACUUAAUUUCUGUAACUGUAUAUAAAAGAUCAUAUGUGUUAUAUAUUUCUGGCACAUAUUUUUUGUACUUAGUUUAUGUAAUACUGUACUUUAGAAAUGUUACAAUUUUAUUAGUAUUGUCUAAACCAUUUAAUGUACUAGAAUGUUUAGUUGUCCAUUAUUUCGGUUUUUUUUAUGUAUUCAUACAAUAAAAAAAAGUAUUUUUUAAAUUGUUUAUAAUAAUAUGCAAGUUGAGCACAUUUUGUUAGCUAAUAUUGUAAAUUUGUAAAUAAUUAUGAAAUUAAAUUGUUUAUUGUGUAAGAUAAGUUGUGGAUAGAACUGUUCAAUGUAUUUAAAUAUUGUUUUAAAUCUAAAAACAUCUGAAAUACAAAGUGUUCUUUUUCCUAAAAAUUGAUGUUAUAUUAUUAUGUACAUGAGAGUUUUUAGAGAUUCUGCUGGUUUAUUUACAUCUUUAGUAACUUAUUGUGAUAAUAAAAAAUAUUCAAAAUUGCCUAA